AACAGAUUUUUUUCAAGAUUUUUAGUUAUAAUUAAAAAAUAAGUUCAUAAAUAUAUUAAUAAUAACAUUUGAAUAGAUAUCUUUUUUUUUUUAUAAAUAAAUAUAAAAUUUUAUUUUUUUAUUUUUUUUUUUAAAUAAAUAAUAAAAAAAAUUAAAUAAAAAUGACAUCAUUAGCAAAUAGAUCUCAAUUAAUGUAUUUAAAUCAACAAUCAAUGUAUCAUAAUAGUAAUAAUAAUACACCACCACCCAUGAAACAAGGUCAACAACACAAUGUUGAUAGAGAUGAUUAUGAUUCAUAUGAUCAACCAUAUUAUAAUAAUUCACCACAACAAUACAGUAAUAAUAACAAUAAUAGCAACAAUAGUAAUAAUAAUAAUAAUAAUGGAUAUAAUCAACAUCCACAUUAUAAUCAACAACAAUACCAUCAUCACCAAUAUAAUAACCAAUCAUCACCACAAUCACAAUAUAAUUCAUCACAAACAAGUUUAUCAAAAUUAUUAUCAAGAUCAAAUGAUAUGAUAAUUGAAAAUCAAGAUGACCCAUCAAAAAAGAAAAGAAAAAGAACAUCACCAGACCAAUUAAAAUUGUUAGAAAAGAUUUUCCUCGCACACCAACAUCCAAAUUUAAAUUUAAGAAGUCAAUUAGCUGUUGAAUUACAAAUGACAGCUAGAUCGGUUCAAAUUUGGUUCCAAAAUAGAAGAGCUAAAGCCAGAAAUAUGGAAUUUAAACCACAACCAAAUCAUGGUGGCUCAGAUUUAAUUUACAGUGCUUUGGGUGGUUCACCAGGCGGAUAUUCCUCACAAAGAAAUAUUAAUAAAUACUCUGGUAUCGGAAGUAGUGGUGAAAAAUUCUCUGUUGCAUCUGCUUGGAAUCGUAUUCUUUUACAACCAAAUAAUGUUGAUUUCCUCAUUCGUUAUAAUCCAGACGAUCCAACUUCAAUCGAUGUUAAUGCUCGCUAUUCAAUUGAUGUAGAUGAUAUGGAUAAUCAAGGUUACACCCCAUUAUACUUGGCAGCAAAAGCUGGUAAACAAAAUUUUGUAAAAUAUUUAUUAUCAAAAGGUGCUUCAAAAAAACUAGCAUUGGAAAAAUUAAUUCAAGAAAAUCAAGAUAAAGAAAUUAUUCAAAUUUUAGAAUCAACAAAAGUUAAUACAAAUAAUAAUAUAAAUAAUAAUGAAAAUAUAAAUAAUAAUAGUUUUGAAAAUAAUAAUAAUAAUAAUAGUAAUAAUAAUAGUAAUAGUAAUAAUAUAAAUAAUAAUAUAAAUAGUAACAGUUCAAAUUCAUCAUCAAAUAAUAUACACUCUAAAAUAAUAGAUGACGAUGAUGAUUAUUAUGAUAGAGUUUAUAAAAAAUCUUAUACCAACAAAAUUAUUUCCAACUCUUUCACCUAUAAUCAACAAAAACCAAAUAUUUAUGAUGAUUAGUUUUUUAUAUAAAAUAAUACUUUUUUUUUUUUUCAAAAUAUAAAUUAAUUAUAUCUGCUUCCUCCAAAAACCCUCAAAUUAUGUAAAUAAAUUAAUAUACCUUUUUUUUUUUAAAUUAAAAAAAAAAAAAAAAAACUUUAUUUUAAAACU